GCUGGCUCUCUCGCCAUUACCAGCCCGCCAAAAGUUCGAAAGGCAACGUUGACUUUUAUAUGCUCAAAGUUGCUCAGAUGUUGUAUGAGCAGAUCAGCAUUGGCCAAGUCCAGAGAUGAAGAAAGAAGAUAGCUCUCUGCAAUCGACCCUCGAGCUGCUAAGAACCGUUUUGGAGCACGCUUCUGCUUCUGGUCGACAGAUUCUUUUUCUUUCCACAAACAAUAUCCGAGUAGCCCAGGCUCGCAAAGGCUUCCUCCUUUGUAAUUACAUCCUCCCCAAUGGCGUAUCAGAUGAAAAUGGAAAUUGGCAUGCAGGAGCCGUCGCUACGUUAAUUGACAACAUUGGCACCUUGGCCACCUAUUCCUUUGUUCCUGUCUUCAAUGUCUCUGUCGAUUUCUCUAUAUCAAUCUUCUCACCGGCUAAGGUUCAGGAAGAGGUUGAAGUAGAGGCAAAGGUUGUGGGGAAGAAGGAGAGAUUAACUUGUGUGGCUGUUCAGAUUAGGAAGAAAGGAAAUGGAGAAUUGAUUGCUUUGGGGAAGCAAUGGAUGGCAGCUACUAAUACCCUUGCAAGCCAUCAAACCAGUAAGCUAUGAAGGUUUUCUUUCCCAUAAACGCCAUAGAACUGAUAAAGCUGUCACCAUAUAAAGCCGUUCCCCUUUUGGUUUCAUGGACCAACAUGCACUGUGUACAAAAGUAAACAAACGUAUGUGAUACACUCUUCAUUGCCUCGUGCGACUAUUUUUUAGCCUGUUGCAAAUCUUGAAGUUUAAUUACAAAUCGUUGAAAUUCAA